AUGAUGACCUCCACCAGCGACGAGGACCCCUUCCUCCAAGUGCAAGCUGACGUCCUCUCCCUGCUAAACACGACGCGACCGCUCUUCAGCUCUUACCUGCGGAUCCGCAGCUCCGCGUCCUCGCCCAGCUCGCCGGAGCUGAUCGAAGCGCGCGCAGAAGUACAAACAGCGCUCGAGGACCUCGCGACGGACCUGCGCGACCUGGUCGAGAGCGUGCACGCCGUCGAGCAAGACCCGUACCGGUACGGACUCGAGAUCGAAGAGGUGCAGCGGCGGCGGCGGCUCGUCGAGGACGUGGGGCGCGAGGUCGAGGCCAUGCGCGAGAAGCUGCGUGAUGCGGCCGCCGAAGGAGGAGGCGCGGGAGGCCGCUUCAAGGCCAAGGCUGGGCUGCCUGACCCGGAUGAUUUUGGCGACGAGGACUUUGAGGGCGAGGGCGAUGCGUAUGCGGCCCUGGAGCAGGAGCGCCAGAGAGAGCUUAUGGCGGAGCAGGACGAGCAGCUCGAUGGCGUGUUUAGGACGGUGGGGAAUCUGCGCCAGCAGGCGGAUGAUAUGGGUAGGGAGUUGGAGGAGCAGGGCGAGAUUUUGCGCGAUGUGGAUACGGUUGCGGAUCGUGUGGGUGGGAAGCUCCAGAAUGGUAUGAAGAGGGUGGGCUGGGUCAUUAAGCAGAACGAGGACAAGUACUCGAGCUGCUGUAUCGCAGUCCUGAUCUUCGUCCUUAUCGUCCUGCUGGUCCUGCUGCUGGUGCUGUAG